CGCCGCCUCCAUCCCUGCUCUGCGCCCGCGUCGCCCAUCGACAGCAUGCCGUCCAAGGGGCCGCUCCAGUCCGUCCAGGUCUUCGGACGAAAGAAAACUGCCACCGCUGUGGCCCACUGCAAGAGAGGCAAUGGGCUGAUCAAGGUGAAUGGGCGACCACUGGAGAUGAUUGAGCCUCGCACUCUACAGUAUAAGCUGCUGGAGCCUGUCCUCCUACUGGGCAAGGAACGUUUUGCUGGUGUAGAUAUCCGGGUCCGUGUAAAAGGAGGAGGUCACGUCGCCCAGAUUUAUGCUAUCCGGCAAUCCAUCUCCAAAGCCCUGGUGGCCUAUUAUCAGAAAUAUGUGGAUGAGGCCUCCAAAAAGGAAAUCAAAGACAUCCUUAUCCAGUAUGACCGCACUCUGCUGGUGGCUGAUCCUCGGCGCUGCGAGUCCAAGAAGUUUGGUGGACCUGGGGCCCGGGCUCGCUACCAGAAAUCCUAUCGUUAAGGCAACUGCUACCAUUGUGGGGGUUUUUGCAAUAAAUUUGGUAUAAACCUUU